CCGAGAAACAUUGAUUGGGCACAGAGUUGUAACGUUGAUUUCUUGACCACGUGACACCACGACGCGUCCAGUUAUGCACAAACUAUAUCACCGUGACACACGCCCAUGGUUUCAUCACCCGUUGACGCUGCCAACAUGCUACGUGUACCAGUGGUACAACCUAAAUCAUCCUCACAUUCACACAGCGAACCUUCUUUUCCGACUGACUUUUUGCAGUCAUCCUCCUCUGGAGGUCUCACAAAGCCAUAUCGCCAACCUUCAGCAUUACGCGGGACUCCAUUAAUGAACGCCCGUGCACUCUCAGAAUCCGCCGUCCCCACAAAAUCGCGCCCUGAAAAACGUUCGAGACCAUCAAACCCCCUUCCAUUCGCCGAUACCAAUCAAACACCCCACGCCCGCCCACUGCGAACACCGACCCCGCCUCCACAAAAGGUAUGUCUGCCCGCCAGCCUCAUACUACCCCAAGGGAGCAACCCGCUCACUCACCCUGCACCAGCUAACAAUUGCUAUUCUCCCCCCACCCUCCCCAAAUCCAUCCACACAUUGAACGCCCAUCCACCCGCCAUAUUCUCAGGCAACUUCGACCGUACCUUCCCUUCCUCGUCAAAGCCUACCUCUCGCCAGGCAGCACAUCCCCCGACUACGCCGCAGUCUACGACACAAUCAUCGCUUACCAGUCCAAGCACGACUACACCGCGCCCUUUUGAUGUGCUGCUUUGCAAUUUGAAACAUCGCGCAGAACUCACUUUCACCUCAAGUGAACGCGCUUCUUUCCUCGCACCUGACCAUAGCCCGAUGUCGCUGGGUAUCAUCGGACAAGCAGACAUCCCUCAAUGCGGAGUCAAUAAUGCGAAGGGGAUAUGGAAGAUGAAGCGCGUGUGGGUCGGGGAGGGCGAGGGUGAGGAGGGAAAGAGCUAG